CAAACCAAACACGCCGUGUUUAUUCAGCGGCACGAGCCAGCGGAAAAGCUGCCGUAUAAGUGCGCGGCUCCCGAGCGGCCGCGCAGUGCCGGCGUCGGGGGGAAGCAUGCCGCAGUGCGCCACCGGAUCGCUGUCGCGGGACGGCCCGCGGGGACAGGUCAGCGCCGCGGCGGCGGGCGGAGCCUUCCCGAAGCGUGUGAAGGUGGUGGAGGUGGGGCCGCGGGACGGGCUCCAGAACGAGAAGAAUAUUGUACCGACACCGGUGAAAAUCAGUUUAAUCAAUAUGCUGUCAGAGACAGGGCUUCAGGUUAUAGAGGCCACCAGCUUUGUUUCCCCCAAAUGGGUUCCUCAGAUGGCUGACCACACUGAAGUCAUGCAAGGAAUUAAUAAGUUACCUGGCAUUAGUUAUCCUGUGCUGACCCCUAACCUGAAAGGAUUUCAGGCAGCGGUGGCAGCAGGGGCCAAAGAAGUGUCAAUCUUUGGAGCAGCAUCUGAGCUAUUCACUAAGAAGAACAUCAACUGUUCCAUAGAGGAGAGUUUGGCAAGAUUCGAUGAAGUGAUGAUGGCAGCGAGAGCAGCCAGCAUUCCUGUCCGGGGAUAUGUUUCCUGUGUCCUUGGAUGUCCCUAUGAAGGGAAGAUUUCUCCAGCUAAAGUUGCAGAGGUCUCAAAGAAGAUGUACUCGAUGGGAUGCUACGAGAUUUCCCUUGGUGACACCAUUGGCAUUGGGACCCCAGGGAGCAUGAAGGAGAUGCUGACUGCAGUCAUGAAAGAGGUGCCAGUUGGGGCUCUUGCUGUUCACUGCCAUGAUACCUACGGGCAAGCUCUUGCCAACAUCUUGGUAGCGCUUCAGAUGGGUGUGAGCGUGGUUGAUGCUUCCGUCGCUGGCCUUGGAGGCUGCCCCUAUGCCCAAGGAGCAUCAGGAAACGUUGCGACAGAGGACUUGGUGUACAUGCUGAAUGGCCUGGGGAUCCACACGGUAAGCACGAGCGGCCUUUGCCUGCAGCAGCAGAGCCUCUCACACAAUGACUCUGGUCGGGCUUCAGCGAGGCUUCAAAACUUGGCCCAGGGAGCCUGGGCGUAGUGGGUGCAGCUGCAGGAUCACUCUGGCUCUGCCCUGCAGGUCAGCCAGGCUGGGCCUGAAGGCCUCGUCUUGCUGCAUCAAUCCCUCCCGGCAUUUCUUCCUCUCCCUGUUUCAGUGCUCUGCGAUUUGACUGUCAUUCUCAGAAUCACACUAACGAGCAGCAGACACUCAAGGCCUUGUUAAAAUACCCUCCAGGCUCCCUCACCCCCUGCUAGUCUCUCCCAGCGAUGCCAGUUGUUACUGGGUGGCUUUAUGUGGCAGAACUGGUACCAAGGUGUGUUGUAUCUUUUUUUUUUUUCCCCAUGAAGGGUGUGGAUCUGCAGAAACUGGUGGACACAGGCACAUUUAUUUGCAAUGCUCUCAACAGACGAACCAAUUCCAAAGUGUCACAGGCAUCUUGCAGGCUGUGAUACUGAAUCGAGUUUCACUUUGGAUCAAGAAGAAAGCAAGGAUCUGAUGUGGGCUGGGUUUCCUCUCCGUUCUGCUGCCUCUGAUCUUCAGUGGUCCUUCCAGGCUCAGCGCUUGAGAGGAAAUGCAUAAUCCACUAGAAUCAAUGAAGAAAUGAGAAAAAUGAGAAUACUAUAUUCAACCUUGAAGAUGUUAGCCAUUUGCCUUAGAGAAGGGAGGACGUGGAUGCGCUGGGGGAGAAGCAGCGGAUACAACACUCACUGUUCCGCAGAGGACAGAGCGCUACAGUCGCCAGCACCAGCUCAGUACAGUGUCCGGUAACUUCUGCCUCGAGAGUGUGUUGCCAUGAACUACCAGCAAAGGAUAAAAACACAGCUUUUCCAGUUAGAGCACUUCUCCAGGUCAGCAGUACUUCUUCCCUUCUCUCUCCUUUCUACAAAUGUUAAGACAGAAAUCAAAAGGCUCCCCUUUGUAAUUCCAGUGUCCGGGGCAGCCUUGGACCCUCUGUCGUAGCAUUUAGGGACUGUAAUAAAGGACUGUAUCUGUUGUAAGAUACUUUUAAAUACUAGGGGUAAUAAACACAUUAUUUAAUAUUCUAAACUAUUAGAAAUUUGGUUUAACUAAACCAGUUAAAGAGAUUUGGUUCCAAGUGCCUCUUCAACUGGCCCUCAACGUGGAGGCGCUGCAUCAUCGUGGGCUGUGGGCGUGAAACACGCUUAUUUUGUACAUGCACGUACUCCUCACGGUAGACAAGAAAGUCUUCCCCAAUCUUCUAUUUAAAAUAAUUUAUUUAAUAGUUUAUUUGUGAGGCUGGAGACAAGUGCAGAGACCCUGUGGGGUGGGCCUGGUUUGUAGCUGUGUGCUGCACCUUUCUCUGACUGUCCCACCGUGGUGCUUACAGGACCGUCUCUCUGGGUCUCUCUACAUCACUUCAAUAAGCUGUAACAAUUAAAUAAACCGGAACACUGAAA